AUGCCCGCCCGCAAACGUGCCGCGUCUCCCGUGGCGGAUGAGCCCCGCCGACGGUCCGGCCGGAUCUCAAGCACGCCCAAGAAGAGCAAGUACUUUGAAGACGACGACGACAGUGAGGCCGACUUCAAUGGCGAUGAUGGGUUUGAUGAGAAUGUUGAGGAUGAGAGUGAUGUUGAUGAACCAGAAGAGGAAGAAGAGAAGCCGAAGCGCGGACGGGGACGGCCAAAGGGUGCUGUUGCGAAGCCUAAGCCCAAGGCUAAAGCUCAGACCAAGGCUGUGCCGGUGAAGAAGAGAGCGAAGAAGCAAAAAGUUGAAGAGACUGAGGACGACUACCAGGAUGAGCAGGUGGAAGAGGAUGACGAGGAAGAAGAAGAGGUCGAGGAGGAUGAUGAUGAGAGGAAGCCGAGGGUGACGAUUAUCCCAUUGGAGAAGAUGAGGGGUCUCGAUGGGGUUGAGUACUCUGAUGAGACAUUGCACAAGAACACAUUGCUGUUUUUGAAGGAUUUGAAAGCGAACAAUGUGAGAUCGUGGCUCAAGAGCCAUGACGGCGAGUACAGACGUGCAUUGAAGGAUUGGCAGUCUUUCGUCGAGACGAUCACGGAGAAGAUUACCGAAGUGGACUUCACGAUCCCUGAGCUUCCUGUCAAGGAUCUCAUCUUUCGCAUUCAUCGGGACAUUCGGUUCAGCAAGAACCCGACGCCCUACAAGCCGCACUUCUCUGCUGCUUGGUCAAGAACUGGCAAGAAGGGUCCGUACGCGUGCUACUAUAUCCACCUCGAGCCAGGCUCAUGCUUUGUUGGCGGCGGGCUGUGGUGCCCCGAGGCGCAGCACCUGCAGGCGUUGAGAGCCAGCAUCGACGAGCGGCCGCGACGGUGGAGGAGGGUUUUGAAUGACGAGCGAUUCAAGAGGACCUUCUUGCCAAAGGUGAAGAAGGCUGGCGAGGAGGCCGCGAUAUUGGCAUUCGCGGAUGUCAACAAAGGGAAUGCGCUGAAGAAGAGGCCCAUGAACUACUCUGCCGAUCACCGCGAUAUCGAGCUGCUGAAGCUGCGCAACUUUACCAUCAGCAAGAAGGUUGACGACCAGAUUUUCAGUCAGGAGGAUGCCCAGGAGAAGGUUUGCGAGGUCAUUGCUGCUAUGGAACCAUUCAUCACCUUCCUGAACAGCAUCGUCAUGCCGGAUCCCAACGCCGAUGAUGAUGAGAGCGACAGUGAUGAGGAAGGCAAUGAGGAUGAGAAUGGGGAUGGGCAGGUUGACGAUCCGCCCGAGGAGAGUGGUGAUGACGAGGAAGAGGAAGAAGGCAAGGAUUGGAGUAAGCACAAGUUCUAA